AUGGCCGGGACCAGCAGCCCCGAAGCCGUGAAGAAGCUGCUGGAAAACAUGCAGGGCGACCUGCGGGGCCUGAGCCUGGAGUGCCGGAAAAAAUUCCCCCCCGUCAAGGAGGCUGCUGAAUCAGGAAUAAUAAAAGUGAAAACAAUAGCUGCACGGAACACAGAUAUUUUGGCAGCUUUGAAAGAGAACAGCUCAGAGGUGGUUCAGCCUUUUCUGAUGGGUUGUGGAACAAAAGAACCAAAGAUCACUCAGCUGUGUCUAGCAGCCAUACAGAGGCUUAUGUCUCAUGAAGUUGUUUCAGAGGCUGCAGCAGGAAACAUUAUUAAUAUGCUUUGGCAAUUGAUGGAGAACAGUCUUGAAGAACUUAAAUUGCUCCAGACAGUUCUUGUACUUUUAACAACCAAUACAGUUGUGCAUGAUGAAGCAUUGUCCAAGGCAAUUGUACUUUGCUUUCGAUUGCACUUCACAAAAGAUAAUAUCACAAAUAACACUGCGGCAGCUACAGUGCGGCAAGUAGUUACUGUUGUGUUUGAGAGAGUGGUUGCUGAAGAUGAGCGAUACAAAGAUGCUGUUGACCAGCCAGCUGCAGUUCAAGGGAACAGCAAUAGAAGAUCUGUCAGUACGCUCAAGCCAUGUGCUAAGGAUGCAUAUAUGCUUUUUCAGGAUCUUUGUCAGUUAGUUAAUGCUGAUGCUCCCUACUGGCUCGUGGGUAUGACAGAAAUGACACGUACAUUUGGCCUUGAGCUUCUUGAGUCGGUCCUCAACGACUUUCCACAAGUGUUUUUACAACAUCAGGAAUUCAGUUUUCUUCUUAAAGAAAGGGUAUGCCCUCUUGUUAUAAAGCUCUUCUCCCCAAAUAUCAAAUUCAGGCAAGGUUCCACCACCUCAUCUUCCCCAGCACCAGUGGAAAAACCAUACUUUCCCAUCUGUAUGCGUUUGCUGCGAGUAGUUUCUGUUUUGAUUAAACAGUUUUACAGUUUGCUGGUAACAGAAUGUGAAAUCUUUCUGUCAUUGCUGGUUAAGUUUCUGGAUGCAGACAAACCACAGUGGCUACGAGCUGUUGCAGUAGAAUCUAUUCACAGGCUUUGUGUGCAGCCUCAGCUAUUAAGGUCUUUUUGUCAGUCAUAUGAUAUGAAGCAACAUUCCACUAAAGUUUUCCGUGAUAUUGUGAAUGCACUGGGGUCCUUUAUUCAGUCUCUAUUUCUUGUACCAAGCACAGGGAACACAUCAGCAACACCAAACCAAACUGGAAGCAACGCAUCAGGGAAUACUGGCUCAGCACAGACUAACCCAGGAGUGCUUGGAAUGGGUGGAGGUGCAACUGUAUUACCUGCCUUUGAGUACAGAGGCACUUGGAUACCCAUCCUGAAUGUAACAGUACAAGGCAGUGCUAAAGCUACAUAUUUGGAGAUGCUGGACAAAGUUGAGCCACCGACAAUUCCUGAAGGCUAUGCAAUGUCAGUGGCGUUUCACUGUUUGCUGGAUCUUGUCCGUGGUAUCACCACCAUGAUCGAAGGAGAGUUAGGAGAGGCAGAAACUGUCAUCCAAACCACAACAGAGGCAACAUCAUUACCAGCACAGUCUUCAGAGCAAGAUUUGCAGUCUGUUUCUGACCAGUCAGAGAAAGAAUUAGUUAGCAGAGCUGUCUGGGAAGAAAUGGUGAACGCUUGUUGGUGUGGUCUUCUAGCUGCUCUAUCCCUCCUACUUGAUGCAAGCACUGAUGAAGCUGCCACUGAAAAUAUUCUAAAAGCAGAAUUGACCAUGGCUGCACUUUGUGGAAGACUGGGUCUUGUAACAUCAAGAGACGCCUUUAUCACUGCCAUUUGCAAAGGAUCCUUGCCUCCUCACUAUGCCCUUACUGUAUUAAACAGCACAACUGCAGCUCUGUCCAGCAAGUCAUAUUCCAUUCAGGGACAGAAUGUUCAAAUGAUUAGUCCCUCAAGUGAGUCUCACCAGCAAGUUGUAGCAGUAGGGCAACCCUUAGCUCUUCAGCCACAGGGAACGGUUAUGCUGACAUCAAAAAAUAUCCAGUGUAUGAGGACUUUACUCAACUUAGCUCACUUCCAUGGAGCUGUUCUUGGUACAUCGUGGCAGCUUGUCCUGGCUACCCUUCAGCAUCUUGUGUGGAUUCUGGGACUGAAGCCUAGUGUUGGGGGUGCGUUAAAACCUGGGAGAGCUGUGGAAGGGCCAAGCACAGUUCUGACUACAGCAGUUAUGACUGAUCUACCAUCUAUAUCCAGCAUGAUUUCAAAGCUUUUUGAAAAUUCACAGUACCUUGACGAUGUGUCUUUACAUCACUUAAUAAAUGCCCUUUGCUCCUUGUCUCUGGAAGCCAUGGAUAUGGCCUAUGGAAACAAUAAGGAACCAUCACUUUUUGCUGUUGCUAAAUUGCUGGAAACGGGACUAGUUAACAUGCGCAGGAUUGAGAUUCUUUGGAGACCUCUGACCGGUCAUCUUCUGGAGAAGGUCUGUCAGCAUCCCAACUCGAGAAUGAGAGAAUGGGGAGCAGAGGCUUUAACUUCUCUCAUUAAAGCAGGACUGACAUUCAGACAUGAUCCUCCAUUAUCUCAAAAUCAGAGGCUGCAGUUGCUUUUAUUGAAUCCACUAAAGGAGCUGUCAAACAUUAGUCACCCUGAUAUCAGGAUCAAGCAGUUGGAGUGUGUGCUACAGAUUUUACAGAGUCAGGGUGACAGCUUAGGACCUGGUUGGCCAUUGGUGCUUGGAGUCAUGGGGGCAAUCCAAAGUGAUCAGGGAGAGUCCUUAAUACGGACUGCAUUCCAGUGUCUUCAGCUGGUUGUGACCGACUUCCUUCCUACAAUGCCGUGUACUUGUCUGCAGAUCGUUGUUGAAGUUGCAGGAAGCUUUGGACUUCACAAUCAAGAGCUUAAUAUUAGCUUAACUUCAAUUGGUUUGCUGUGGAAUAUUUCAGAUUAUUUUUUCCAAAGAGGUGAAAUAAUUGAAAAGGAACUAAACAAAGAAGAAGCAGUGUUGCAGAAACAGGCAGAAGAAAAGGGAGUGAUGCUGAACAGACCUUUUCAUCCUGCAUCACCAUUUGACUGUCUUUGGUUAUGCCUGUAUGCCAAACUCGGAGAACUGUGUGUGGAUCCCCGACCUGCAGUUAGAAAGAGUGCUGGGCAGACAUUGUUUUCUACAAUUGGUGCUCAUGGAACUCUACUGCAACAUUCAACGUGGCACACAGUAAUAUGGAAGGUUUUAUUUCACCUGUUGGAUAGGGUUCGAGAAUCUUCUACAACAGCUGACAAAGAGAAGAUUGAGUCAGGAGGAGGCAACAUUCUCAUUCAUCAUUCAAGAGAUACAGCUGAGAAGCAGUGGGCUGAGACAUGGGUAUUAACACUGGCUGGAGUUGCAAGGAUAUUUAACACCAGGAGAUACUUACUGCAGCCUCUAGGAGACUUUUCCCAAGCCUGGGACGUUCUUCUUGAUCACAUCCAGUCAGCAGCACUUAGCAAAAAUAAUGAAGUUUCCUUGGCUGCUCUGAAAAGCUUCCAGGAGAUCCUACAAAUCGUUUCUCCUGUUCGAGACUCUGAGAAGCCCGAGACACCACCUGCCAUCAAUGUUUCUGUACCUUUGGUGGUAGGAACAACAACUGCCCCUAGUCUUGGCAGAUCAUUCAUGAGAACUGACUCCAUAGGAGAAAGAAUAGGAAGAUACAAUGGAUCAGAACCUCCUGCAAUAACAGAUGAGAUUGAAGAUUUGAAUCUUUGGUGGGCAGCCUGGAACAGCUGGUAUAGGAUUGGAUCAGAAAGUACAAGGCCUCCAGUUACUUGUGAUAAAUUGACUUUCAUUCCCAGCCAGCCUUUUCUUACAGCUUUAAUUCAAAUAUUCCCAGCUCUUUACCAACACAUCAAAACUGGUUUCAGCAUGGAUGAUCUUCAAAAGCUGGGUGUCAUUUUGCACGGUGCUGUUUCAGUUCCGAUCAGUUCAGAUGCUUCCCCUUUCAUCCUUCCAUCUUACACUGAAGCAGUUUUGACAAGUUUACAGGAAGCGGUUCUUACAGCUUUAGAUGUUUUACAAAAGGCUAUAUGUGUGGGUUCAGAAGGUAUGCAGAUAAUGUAUCCUGCAAUCUUUGACCAGCUGCUGGCCUUUGUAGAAUUCUCCUGCAAGCCUCCACAGUAUGGACAGCUGGAAACCAAGCACAUUGCAAAUGCAAAGUAUAAUCAGAUACAACUAUUUGCACCGGCGGAAUGGGUGGCAUUGAAUUACGUACCAUUUGCAGAGAGAUCAUUGGAAGUUGUGGUGGACUUAUACCAAAAGACAGCUUGCCAUAAAGCUGUGGUAACAGAGAAGGUUCUUCAGAACAUCAUUAAGACACUUAGAAUACCUCUUAGCCUGAAGUACUCGUGUCCUUCUGAAAGCACAUGGAAGCUAGCUGUGUCCUCUCUUCUCAAAGUUCUCUCCAUUGGACUACCUGUUGCAAGGCAGCAUGCAUCUUCUGGAAAAUUUGACAGUAUGUGGCCAGAGCUAGCAAAUACUUUUGAAGACUUUUUAUUCACAAAAAGUACUCCUCCUGAUAAUCUCUCAAUUCAAGAAUUUCAGAAGAAUGAGAGUAUUGAUGUUGAGGUGGUGCAGCUUAUCAGCACAGAAAUACUACCAUAUGCUAAUUUUAUUCCUAAGGAAUUUGUUGGUCAGAUAAUGACUAUGCUCAAUAAAGGCUCAAUACAUUCUCAGUCAUCCUCCUUUACAGAAGCCGAAAUAGAUAUUCGAAUGAGAGAAGAGUUUUCUAAGGUGUGUUUUGAAACACUGCUCCAGUUUUCAUUCAGUAAUAAAGUAACAACUCCUCAAGAAGGCUACAUCUCUAGAAUGGCACUUUCUGUGCUCUUGAAAAGGUCACAGGAUGUAUUGCAUCGCUACAUAGAAGAUGAGAGAUUGAGUGGCAAAUGCCCUCUUCCACGGCAGCAAGUCACAGAAAUCAUUUUUGUUUUAAAAGCUGUCAGUACUCUCAUAGAUUCACUUAAAAAGACUCAACCUGAAAAUGUUGAUUCUAGCACAUGGGCACAAGUUAUUGCCUUGUACCCGACUUUAGUAGAAUGUAUCACCUGCUCAUCCUCAGAAGUGUGCUCUGCUUUGAAGGAGGCACUGGUUCCCUUUAAGGACUUCAUGCAUCCACCAGCAGCCAAGGUACAGAAUGGAGAGUCUUGACCCCAUAAAAACUUUUUUUAUUCUUGAAGGGAAUAUCCAAAAAUGUUUGCUCCUGGGUGAAGUUUCUCUGAGGAAAUCUCUUGUGACUAGUACUUUGGCAACCAGUGCUGACUGCCUCUUAACUGUACUAACAAGAGCUCAGUAAGAAUACAGGCUUUAUCUCAAAGGUUCCAGAGUGAGUAGCAGUGCAAACCUUUAAUAAAUUUAACUGACUAGUUGGAAUCAUUUAUAAUCUAAUGUACUUGCUACAGUAUCUUGAAGUGGUGAUUGAAAAGUGGGCUUAUGUACAGCUUGUUGUGUAUGUGUUAAUGAUGUAAUUAAAAAUAUUUCAAUUCAGUCAGAUUUAUUAGGCUGGUGUUUUGCACCCUUUUUUGAAGUACGAAUUGUACUAAAAUUUUAUGCAAGAUGGUACUGUAACAUUCCAUAUAUCUGUAACCAGCCUUUGUAAACAAAGGGAACUGAUAUACUUGUGUGUAUAAUAAAUGGUACAGUUAUGUAUAAAAUAGUUGCAUUUAUUAUUUAAAUUCUUUUAAAAAUAUUGAUAAUGUCAAAUGCUUGAAAAUGUAUUUAUUAUGAAUAAGUUGUAUGCUUGCAUUUUUACUUACAUUUUGCCUUCUAAAUUUCCAGAUAUGCUCAUUCAUAUCUGAUCAUGUUAGUUUUUGCUUAAUUGAAUGUAUCUUCUUUGUGGCCAUUGGACAUCUGCAAAGGGUCAUAUAACAAAAGAUUGAAGCAGGCGGUCACAGUCUGUUGAUCUCAAACUUCAGAGUAGUUGACCUGAAAUAAGUUUGAAUAUGCAGAAAUCCACUGUAGCACUUCAACACUACCAUACCUCACUUCAUAAUAAAUUUGUUUCAAGAUGUUUGUUCUACUUAACUCUAUCAAUUUUUGCAGUUGCAGCCUUGCUUUAAAAAGAAAACAAACGUAUAUGAGGGUUGUUAGCCUUUUUUCACCUUCUUGGCAAGUAUCACAGUCUUUGAAUCAUGACCCAGGAAAGGCAAGUUCAGAUAUCUAAAAUACUUGGCUGUAAUAUUUGGUUCAAUAAUUUUAAGUGUUUUGUUUUGUAAUGUCUUUUCAACCCAAUUGUUCUAAUCUUUUAAUUAUAAACUGUCUGAUAAAAACCAUGGGAAGUGUAUUUCUGAAGAUAGUUACUCAGUUAGAAAUGCAGUAAAAAUUGUCAUUAAGUAAUGUGAAUUUGUUUGACUAACAUUAUACACAAUUGAAGCAAACCACUUUCAAUAGCAUUGUUUUUAAAGUUUGGGAUCUAGCAUUUAAACUCUUAUUUAAUGGAUUUUGAUUUCAAUAAUGUUUCACCUGUAUUCACAUUUUUAAUCUGUGACGUGAAAGCACAAAGGCCAAAUGUAAAAAAAAAAAAACAAAGACAGGUGCCUUUCUAUGGAUUUCAGAGCUUAUGUUUAGGGUUUUGUUUCAAGUGUUUUGUAGAUAUUAAAAGAUUAUCAUGCAUAAGAAAUGGUAUUACAUCUGUUUGGUUUGCACUUUCCUCACUAAAGGAACACUGAUUGGUACAUGUGAAUAGGUGCAAAAGAUGUAGAAGCUUCAAGCUGUAGGUGUGAUGAACUGGUCAGGGUUACCCUGCCUGAAUAAUGUUCUCCAGGCAGUUCUUUGGACAGCUCGCUCCCACAAGUCUCCAGUUUAUGGUCCUUUAAAAGCUUUCUGUUUCAAGUACAGUAAAUAUUAAAGAGGAUUCAAGACCUUGCACAUUUCUGUGACCAAAGUUGUAUGGGACUUAAUUGUCAAACCUGAAUAGUUUUAAGAGAAUACAGUUUACAUUAAAGAAACAAAUGUUUCUUGUUAAUAGAAUUUAUGUCAAAAUACUUUCUCUGGAGGAGCAGUUCCAGUAAACUGCAGAACCGGAUCUUGCAUAGAAGCAACAACAUCAUCCAUACUCUGAAAGUGAAAACCUGACAACUGCUCUCCUAAUUAGAGGAAGCUAAGUCGAGGUCUUUAAAGAAAUAAACUGUAGACAGGAAAGAAGAGAAUUAUUUUGUUUUAGAAUAUAUAGGUGUGUGGUCCAAGCUAUGGGUGAAUUUGUUUCUAAUUAGUUUUGAAUGGAUUUUUCAUUGAUAAUACAGAUGGUGUUUGUCCAUUAAGGCAAAUCUUCAUCUGUCUGUAGUUCAAAAAGGGAUGCAUGAGUCUUUCUUGACUCUAGAGCUUAGACUACUUUACACCUAUGAAUACUAAUCUUCAAAAGGUUUUGAAAUAAACUACCAAUGAGUUAAUUUACCAUCCUUUCCUCUUAAUUACAAAAUGAAUAAUACCUGUGCUAUUUGAAGCAUGUUUUGGUCAUGCAGUCUGAGGUUGACUGUAUUAAAACUGCUUAUUUUGUAUAAAUAGUUUGAAAACUAAAAGCUACUUAGCUUAGGAAAUGUUUUCAUUGACUAAUUUUGUCUGUGAGCAAGAAUUAUUCCCUUUAAUGUGCCUUCUUGUCCGACACUCAAAUAUUUCUUCCAACUUGAAAUAUCAAUUUCUUUUUCCUAUUUGUACUUUUUGCUAAGCAUUCUUAGGGCUCCAUUGAGGCAAGCAGCAUUUUUGAAUACUUAAGUUUCACAUUUUUACAUGUUCCUAUUCUAGAAAGAUAAAUCUUGUUCCAGAAGAAACUGAAUUAAUUUAACAUUACCUGUUGAGCAGACUCAUAUCCAAGUUAAUUUCAAGUCUGCAGGGUUGCUUAGUCAUGAAAAUUAAAACCUGUGGACAUUUUCAGGAUGGCGUCUGCAGUGUGUCACUGAAGUCAGCUGAAAAAGUGGUGCAGCUGACUGUAUAGAAAUGUGUCAGUUGGAAGUUAGAAGAUAAGCAUUAAUUGCUUAUUAAAUCUAACCAAUCUUCACCUUUUUCCUUUUUGUUCACAACUUCAAAAAAGACACAGAUGGGAAUCCAAAGAGAAAAUUAAUAGUUUAUUAGCAUGUUCAUAUCAAGACUUUGGAUUAUUUGGGAAAACUUGUACGUCUCAGUGCUAUGACCAUUGCCUUAAUGUACAUAAGGAUUUAAGAUUGCAUAGUAACUGCUUAUGAAGAAAGAACAGAUAUCUCAAGCUGGGAAGUUCUUAUAGAAAGUCUUAUUCCCAGAAGUAACCUACAGUAGUUAUUUACUUGUCAUCAGAGAUGGUUAUCUAACUGGACAUCUGUUUUGUUCCCUCGUACAUAAGCCUGCUUCUCCACCUGCUUUAUUUGAUGAACUGUAGAAUGUUACUGGACAUUAAACCAUGUGAAACACAUGGUCACUGUUAGUUAUUUACAAGAGUAAAUAAGAGUAUGUGUGUGAAAUUUGAGUAGUUUAUCAUUGUACUCUGCAGAUGGGAUUCUUUUUUUACCCAGGUUGAGUUGUUUCUUCUUGCCAAAGAGCAAAUCUUUCCAUAGCUGGCCUUGAACUCACCACCAAGGUACUUUUAGUGAGGUUAAUGCCUUUCUUUUCCUCACAAUGGCAAACACAAGUACUAGCCAUCAGUGUAUUUUACAGAAACUCAUUUAGAAGCUCAAGAUAUGACAGUUCUUGGGGGGAGGGAGGAGGAAAGCACAUUUUCUACUCAUGGGUUUCUAUACAGCUCUGCUCUGUGUCUCUUCACUAGUUGCUCACCUCACAUUUUCAGCUAGCUACUCAUUUUCUGUAUGGGUAGGCAACCUUCAGCUUCAGUCCUCCUGAAUAAAGUGAGGCUCUACACCAGAGAGAGAAAUUGCUGUGCACAGCUGCCUUGUGAGCAGAAUACAUUCUGACUGUGCUACUGCUAUAGGCCCAGUAAAACAGCUUAGAGUGGGGGGUGUCAGAAAGUUCCAAAUAAGGCAGCUCUAGUGUGUAGGUUUUGUUUGAAUUGGAAUCCAAAACAGUGCACAGACAUUGUCUAUAUCUGUAGGUGAAAACCAUUUAACCAUCAACAAAAUGUUGAUAUGAUAUUUUUAUUCCCCAAGAAAAGCUUCUCCCAGGAUUUUUCACCCCUUUCUUCUGACAGUGCUUUUUGUGCGUGCUUCAGUUGUGACUGUUGGAGGCAGAGACUCUUUGUAUAGACAAUAUUUUGUAUAUCAAGGCAAGUAGUACAAGUCCAAUAAAAAUAAUUGUCAGUGUAGAGCACAGAUUUCAUUUGGAGAGUAGAUGCUCUUGAGAGCUCAUAGCUGAGCUGUACUGUUCAGAUUUAUGUCUUACUCAAAGUAUAUGACUGCUGUCUAAUUUAGGACAGACAUUAUAUCCACUAAGAACCAAUUGCUGGAAUCAAGAAUGACCACAGAAGCAGCGAGUAAAGUAUUGGAUGGGUGAUUUAAGACAACUUGUGUAAGAAAGAAAGUGAAAUUAAAUAUUCACAAUUCUUAGGGGAGAGGGAGAACCUCAAAAGAAAAAUGACUGGACUUGAAGAAGACAGAGCACACAAAAUUGCUACGUAAGAUCUUGCAGGAGACAACUCUGAAGUAAGAGAGGAACUGAGGAGAUAAGACAGGUUCUUGGAGGUGUAAAGGUCAUGACUGAAAGUAUGUGCCAGACAAGCUGUAAUGAGACCAGCUCAAUUAAACAAGGAACUUCAAACAGUGAAGGGAGGCCUAUGAAAGAUAGGCAUCAGAUACCACCAAAGAUAAGUGUUAACUAACAGAUAGGAAUGAAAGUAGAUAUACCUGUCAGCUAACAGAGAAUAAAUGCAUAAAUAGUAAAAGAUUUGUACUAACAAAAGUGCUGACUACUAAAAGAGUACAGCUGUUCACACAGGUGAUGGUCUUUGGUUCAGAACUGCAAUUUGUGUGUUGAAUUUUUUGUUUUGUUAUGGUGAUGGCUAAUCAAAAACAUCAGAAAUCUACUGCCAGUCUAUUGCUUGUGUAAAUGAUGUGGGUGACAAAGAUUGAAGAAGCUUGCUUAGAAAAAGGGAGACAGAAGAGGAAAUGGUUACAUGUUGUCAAAUUGACUGAGCCUGAAGAAUUUCUUCCUGGAAUUUAAAGAACUAAUCUGAGUUACUUCAGUAUUUUUAAGAUUAUCUUUGUGAUGUCCUUGUGUCCUAUCAGAGUAACAUGCUAAAAACUGAUCCUUCUUUUUCUGAGCUCCUAAUUUAAGAAUUUGUCUUGAUUAUGAAACAACUGAUAAAAAGGAUAAGACUUA